CUGCACCGGCCCUGCCUGCUGCCCGCACCCACUUCCCACACAGCCCCGUGCCUGCACCGGUGGGGUCGCCCACCUGCUUGCUAGCCGAGACGCACCUCAGGCGGCGCUGGCUCACCCCGUCCUGGUGGGCGCCGGUGUGCAUGCCUGCGGCUCUGGGCCCCCUCCUGGGGCUAACUGUCCUGUGCUGCUGCUUUUCAGACUACUCCAAAGGGUUCGGCGGGAAAUACGGGGUGCAGAAGGACCGCAUGGACAAGAACGCAGCCACCUUUGAGGACGGCGGCAAGGUGGCCUCCAGCUACCAGAGGACAGUCCCUGUCGAGGCAGCAAACAGCAAGGCCAGCAGCAUCCGGGCCAACUUCGAGAACCUGGCGAAGGAGCAGGCGCAGGAGGACAGGCGCAAGGCGGAAGCGGAGCGGGCACAGCGCAUGGCCAAGGAGAGGCAGGAGCAGGAGGAGGCCCGGCGGCAGCUGGCGGAGCGAGCCAGCGCCCAGAAGCAGACGCCGCCCGCGUCCCCGACCCCUCAGCCGGCCCAGGAAAGGCCUCCGAGCCCCGUCUACGAGGUGGGCGCUCUCAGUCUGGGCUCUCUGGCGCCGGCAGACGUGCCCAAUGGUCACUCUGCUGGCGCCGCCCGGCGGCGCGGCCCUGAGGCAGCCCCCCGCCCGCUCGGCCCGAGGCUGCCGCGGGCCGGCAACUCGCCCAGCGCGCCACCAUGGUGCGACAGCGCCCGCGGCCGCGGGGACCGCUGCAGCAGCCGAAGCGACCGAGGAGGAACGGGGGCUGAGGCCCGGGUCUCCGGGUGGUGGACCGGGGGUCACCCACUGUCCCCGAGCCCCGACUUCUUCUUCCUGCCUUUCCCAGGCGCGGGCCGCGACCCCGCCGGGCGAUGCGAGGCUCGGGCCGCCCGGGAGGCUGAGCCCGCCGCUCCGCCCUCUCUCUCACGGUCGCUGUCCAUGGCUUUGCCGGGUGCCGGGGGCGCGGCUGAAAGGCCAGUGUCCCCGUACCGGGGCGACCCUCGGGGCUCCGCAUCGUCGUCGUCCGCCUCCUCCUCCGGCGGCUCGGCCUCCGCCUCCGCCUCGGCCUCGGCGGGAGCGGGACUGUGGGCCGCAUUGUACGACUACGAAGCGCGCGGCGAGGACGAGCUGAGCCUGCGACGCGGUGCAGCGGCGCCUGGGCAUCUUCCCCGCCAACUACGUGGCGCCGUGCCGCCCUGCCGCCGGUCCUCACGCGCCCCCGCCCCCGCAGCGGGCGAUGACGAGAUCUCCUUCGACCCCGACGACGUCAUCACCAACAUCGAGAUGAUCGACGAGGGCUGGUGGCGCGGGCUGUGCAAGGGCAGCUACGGGCUCUUCCCCGCCAACUACGUGGAGCUGCGGUGCUGCGAGGGGGGCCACCGAGUGGCAGCCCCCUCCCCCACGCUGGCCCCCCAGUCCUGGCUGCACUCCGCCCAGCUAGGGCUCCCCGGUGGUCACAGACACUCCGUGGCUGUUUCUGGGUGA